AUGAAGAAGAAGAGAACGAUAGCAAUUGGAUUCGAAGGGUCGGCGAACAAAAUAGGCGUCGGCAUAGUAACCAGCGAUGGAACGAUUUUGAGCAACAAACGGCGGACGUAUUGCGCGCCUACGGGUAGUGGUUUUCUCCCGCGAGAAACCGCCAACCACCACAAAAAAGUGAUUUUAGAUUUAACCGAAGACGCUUUACGAGAAGCGUUUGAUGAUAAUAAUAAUAAUAAUAAUAAUGAAUCUCGCUCUUCAUUUUCGUUGAAAGAUUUCGGCGAGGAAAUUGAUGUGAUUUGUUUCACCAAAGGACCUGGGAUGGGGGCGUGCCUCAUCGUCGUCGCGCUAGUCGUUCGAACGCUCAGUCAAAUUUGGAAGAAACCAAUCCAAACGGUGAACCACUGCAUAGCGCACAUCGAGAUGGGAAGAUUAGUAACGAAAGCUAAGAAUCCAGUCGUUUUAUACGCGAGCGGUGGGAACACACAAAUCAUCGCGUACAACGAUAACAGGUACAGAAUUUUUGGAGAAACUAUAGAUAUAGCGGUAGGAAACGCGUUGGAUAGAUUCGCGAGGUGUUUAGAGCUUUCGAACGACCCGGCGCCGGGAUAUAACAUCGAACAACUCGCGAAAGAAGGUAAAACCUUCGUGGAAUUUCCAUACAAUUGUAAAGGUAUGGAUAUAAACGUUGGUGGAAUUCUAACCAACGCGGAAGAAAAAGUAGCCGCGAUGAAAAGUAGUAAUAAUAGUAAUGGUUAUAGUAAUACAGUCACGAAGGCUGACUUGGCGAUGUCGUUUCAGGAAACUGUGUUUGCGAUGUUGAUCGAAGUGACGGAAAGAGCUAUGGCGCAUUGCGAUGCGAACGAUGUGCUCAUCGUGGGGGGUGUUGGGUGUAAUCUUCGUCUGCAGGAAAUGAUGGAUAUAAUGGCUAAAGAGCGCGGAGGAAAGUUAUAUGCGACGGAUGAACGAUAUUGCAUCGACAACGGCGCCAUGAUUGCGUACACCGGCUUGAUUGAAUAUUUAGCGAACGGAAGCGUGGGUGUUCCUUUAGAACAGACGACGUGCACGCAAAGGUUUAGAACGGACGAAGUGUAUGUAAAUUGGCGGCGAAACUCGGAAGAAUUAGAGGAGGAUGAGGAUGAGGAUGAGGAAAGAAAGAAGCGUCGAAAAACACCAACUCUCGUUUCUUUCUUUCUCGCGAACGUAAGAACGAUGAUGAAGUUUACUAAAUUCCUUCUGUUGGGGUUACUCAUCGGCUUGUUUGCCGGUAUUUCUGUCCCUUCGAACUUUGGGAACGAUAACGCGCUCUCUGCUUCCUCUUCUUCUCUAUUCGUAGAAGCUGCGGCGGCGGAUGAGGCGGCAUCGUCAUCGGAAGAAUUCCAAAUUCCAACCUUCAAGGCGGGUGCUGAAGUCAACGAGUUUCAAGCCGAAGUUUCGCGCUUGAUGGAUAUCAUCAUCAACUCUUUGUACUCCAACAAAGACAUCUUCUUGAGAGAAUUGAUCUCUAACGGAUCCGACGCUUUGGACAAGAUUCGUUUCUUGUCCUUGACCGAUGCCUCGCAAUUGGGCGACGGAGAUGCCGCUCAGCUCGACAUUCGCAUCAAAAUCGACAAAGACCAAAAGCUUAUUUCCAUCCGCGAUAAAGGGGUUGGGAUGACCAAGCAAGAAAUCAAGGACAACUUGGGUACGAUUGCUAAAUCUGGUACGUCAGCCUUCCUCGAGCAAAUGCAAAAGGGUGGCGACAUGUCUCUCAUCGGUCAGUUUGGCGUUGGUUUCUACUCCGUGUACUUAGUCGCCGACUUUGUGGAAGUGCGCACCAAGUCGAACAGCGAAGACACGCAAUGGAUCUGGCAAUCUAAAGCCGACGGUAACUUUGCCAUUUCUGAAGAUACCGAUGGUGAAGCGAUCGGCAGAGGCACGGAGAUCAAGAUUUAUCUCAAAGAGGAAGCGCAAGAGUAUUUGGACGAGGGCAAAUUGAAGGACUUGGUCGAAAAGUACUCUGAAUUUAUCAACUUUCCGAUUUACAUGUGGGAAUCUAAGGAAGAAUCCGAAGAAGUUCCGAUCGAAGACGACGAUGAAGAAAAGUCCGACGAGGAGAAGGACGAAGAGGACGACGAUGAGGACGACGAUGAGGACGACGACGAUGAGGACGACGACGACGACGAUGAGGACGAGAAAGACGACAAACCAAAAACGAAAACGGUUACGAAAACCGUCUGGGACUGGGUCUUACUCAACGACUCUAAAGCUAUCUGGCUCAGAUCGUCUUCCGAAAUUGAACCGGAAGAGUACUCCAAGUUUUACAAGGCGUUGUCGAAAGACAAGAGCGAUCCGUUGACGUACUCCCACUUCAAAGCCGAAGGCGAUGUUGAGUUCAAAGCUAUUCUCUUCAUUCCGGAAAGUGCCCCUCCGGAUAUGUACGAUAACUACUACGGUAAAGCCUCCGCGUUAAAACUGUACGUGAGAAGAGUGUUCAUUUCCGACGAAUUCGACGAGCUUUUGCCGAAGUAUCUCUCUUUUAUUAAAGGGAUCGUCGAUUCCGAUACGCUUCCGUUGAACGUUUCUCGCGAAACGUUGCAACAACACACUUCUUUGAAAACGAUCAAGAAGAAGCUCGUCAGAAAAGCAUUGGAUAUGAUUCGUAAACUCGCUGAGGAAGGCAACGACUCCGAGGAUGACGACAACGAGAACGAAGACGAAGAGGCCAAGGUUGUCGCGAACGAAAAGUACGAAAAGUUCUGGAAAUCUUUCGGUAAAGCCAUCAAAUUAGGCAUCAUCGAAGAUGCCUCGAACAGAACGCGAUUAGCCAAGUUACUCCGCUUCUACACCUCUCAAUCUCCGGACAAACUGGUCUCUUUGGAACAGUACGUCGAGAGAAUGAAGGAAGGACAAAAGAGCAUUUAUUACGUCGCCGGCGAAUCCCAAGAAGCCUUGGAGAAAUCGCCGUUUCUCGAAAAACUCUUGUUGAAAGGAUUUGAAGUUAUUUACUUCACCGACCCGAUUGACGAGUACACGAUGCAAAACUUGACAGAAUUCGAUGAGUUCAAAUUUUCCAACGCUUCCAAGGAAGACAUGAAAUUUGGGGACGCGGAUGAAGGCGAGAAGAAGCAGUUCAAAAAGACGAAAGAACACUUCAAGCCGUUCACGAAAUGGUGGAAGGAUGCUCUUUUGACCUCGUACCCGGAUUCAAUCGAAAACGUGAAGAUCUCGAACAGAUUAUCCACGACGCCAUGCGUCGUGGUCACGAGCAAAUACGGCUGGUCUGCCAACAUGGAGCGCAUCAUGAGAGCGCAAGCGUUAUCGGACGACUCGAGAGCGCAGUACAUGAAGGGUAAGAAGACGUUGGAAAUCAACUAUAAACACCCGCUGGUUGCCGCUCUCAAGGAAAAGUACGAAGCUGAUGGCGAAGAUGAAACUUCCAAGAACUUGGCUGUCGUCAUGUUCGAAACUGCGCUCAUCGAAUCUGGAUUCGUCAUCGACGACUCUAAAUCCAUGGCGUCGCGCGUCUUUGAUUUGCUCAAGGACAAGAUGGGCGUUGAGAAAGACGCACCGCUCUUGGAUGAAAUGGAGUUCCCCGAUGAAGAGGAAGAAGUCGCUGAAGCCGAAGAAUCUGCGCCGAAAGAAGAUGAAGAAUCUGCGCCGGCAGUGGAAGAAGAGGAAGCACCGAAAGAUGAGCUCUAA